CCCAUCCCUUGCAAUCCAACGAACAGAUAAACGAGAUUCUCUUAACCAAAUUUUUUGGAAGCUCUCUCUCCCUCUAUCAAACCUAGCCGCCGCAGCAGCAAACAUAUAUCUCACAGCCACCUUCAGUUUGUUUCCGACCAUGUUUGGUUGUUCAACCAUCACCAUCUUCGUCCUCCACUUCUUCUCUAUUUUUCUCUCAAAUUUCUCAAAUCUGAGAAAUUUUGAAAUACUCCACCGCCCUUUUUUCUUAGAUCUUGACCAUCGGAGACCACCUUUUAAAAAAUCAUUAACAUAUAUAGACUCCCCUCCAUCACCUGUAUAAAAUCCACACAGAAAAAUUAAGAUUGGAACAUUUUUUCCGACCACCGUGCCGGAAAAUUAGCCACCGUGCCGGAAUAGGUAGAUGCAAGAACGACAACUAAAUAAAAGACGUCAAAAGCAGUACAAAACUCAUUAUAUCUGGUUUGAAUCUGUUUGUUUUAUUUUUUAAUCUUAGUAAAGUGUUUUUAUGUCUUCUGUUCAUAAAAUUCAUGUCUAUUCAGAUAUAUUUAUGUAUAAAUCUGUUUUUUUUUAUUUAUUUAUUAUUAUUAUUAUUAUUAUUAUUAUUAUUAUUAUUAUUAUUAUUAUUAUUAUUAUUAUUAUUAUUAUUAUGUGUGAAAAAAGAAAGUAAUCGUGCGUGGGAUUGUGGAAGGUAAGUUGAAACUUGUUUGUAUCAGUGUGUGUACAAGUAAACUAUGACAGCUGUUAUUAAAAAAACUAGGACAGCUGUUUCAUAUGAUAUCUCUCGCGCGUUUGAUAUGUUUCUUGAUCAACAAAUAUCAAAUAUUACCGUUAGACAAAUCCCACCAUUAUAAAUACAUUCCUUUCACUUCACUGUUCACUCACUCACUCAUCACUCUCUCUAAGUCUUAUACUCUUCGCUGGGUCUGCAAUUUCAACGUUUGAGGUAACAAUUAAACUUUUCAAUUUCUCUUACUAUUGUUUUUAUUAACUUCUAUCUCUUUCCAAUUUUAAUCGAUAAAAUUUCUUUCUUUCUUUUCACAGGAUUCUUAUUCUAUCCUCUCUAUUUCUCUUUCCACUUUGCCGACCCAUCUCAAAAAUUCAUUCUUUCUCAAAAAUUCAUACAUUCUCACAAAUUUAUUCAUUCAUUUAAAAUUCAAUGACUUCUUUCACUAACAAUCCAUCCUUCCCGGUUGGUCUGAAAGUUCUUGCAGUUGAUCACGACAUCGGUGCUCUCUGCACUAUACGGGACAUAUGCAAUGGCUUGUGCUAUCAAGUGAUCACUUGUUGCACUAUUUCUGAUGCAAGGAAUUACUUGUUCAACCAAAACUUUGAUAUCAUUCUUAUUGAAGCUAAUAUGCCAAGCAAUGAUACUUUUGAUUUUGUUGGACAAAUUACUUCACAUUUUCCUGUCAUCAUGAUGUCUCAUGAUCCCACACCUUCUUCCGUUAUGGAUUCUAUUACCCAAGGGGCUUGUGCAUUCUGGUCCAAGCCCUUGGAAGAGAACCAGUUUAAGAUCAUGUGGCAACAUCUUGUACGGAAGGCUUUGAGCGAAACUCCUGAACUUCCUCAAACCUUGGAGGUUAAAGGCGGAAAAAAACGAGGAAGAGAAGAUGUUGAUUUACCAAAACAACCGCUUCCAAAGAAAAGCCGUUUGUCAUGGACACCCGACUUGGACAAACAAUUCUUAACGGCUGUGAAUCAACUCGGAGUUAAUAGUAUUAAUGCAACACCCAAAAAUAUUCUUAAGUUGAUGAACUUUCCCGAUUUGACAGCAGGGCAAGUAGCUAGCCAUUUACAGAAAUAUCGGAAGUAUUUAAAAGGGGAAAUCAAAAAAUCAAAGUUCAGUAGGCUAUCUGCUUUUCAAGGUCAUGAUGAAAUUCCUACACAAGAACAACAUUCUGCUUUUCAAGGUUAUGAUGAAAUUCCUACACAAGAACAACAUUCUGCUUUUCAAGGUCAUGAUGAAAUUUCUACACAAGAACAACAUUUGACGGAAAUUGGCGAAUGUGACAUUUUUUUUGACCUGUCCGAAUUGUUCCCAGAUUUUGUCGAUACCUUAUAAAAUGUUAUGUCGUGACUAUUUCUGCCUGAAGUAGAAAUGAAGGCAGAGAAGGGCAAGAAUGGAAGUCCACAUUAGCAACCUAUGUUCUUAUCUUUAUCAUUUGUUUUACAUUGUCUUAAUGUAAUGUACUGUAGUUAAGCUUUAGGUAUUUUAGCCUUUUAGACCUUUGUUUUGAAACAAUGUCAUAUUGUAAAAGGUCGAUUUCUAUUUUCUGUUUUAUUGUUCAUAUUGAAUCCAUCAAUGAAAUCUUCUUUUU